AUGGCUUUAGCUGAAAGAAGACCAACAUCCCUUGGAUUUUCAGUUAGUUCAACUCCUGCUUCUCCUGCUUUUACUCCAAAUCCUGUUUUAACUCAUUCUGGUAGUUCAACUUCAAUUAAUUUGGAUAUUGGUAAUUCCCUUAAUCAUCACCAUAAUAUCAAUAAUGACCUUGAUGAUGAUAUUAAUAAUAAUAUGAUUAUUCAUAAUAAUAAUCGAGAUAUCGAUGAUUUAAGUCAAGGAGAUAUUGAUGUUGAUGUAGAUCUUGAUGAAGAAGAUGAUGAUGAUAAUGAUAUUCAAUCUCCAAUCUCAAUUCUUCAACAAUCUCAAUCUCAAUCUCAAUCUCAUCAUCAAAAUGAAAAAUCUUCAAGUCCAGAAGUUAUGUCUCCAUCAAGUCUGAGAAGUAUUUCUCCAGAUUCUUUAAUGCAAAGUGGUGGACAUGAAUUUAAGAAAUUAAGUUCAAGAGGUUCAACUCCUCCAACUUCAACUUCUACACCUCCAUCAUCUCAAUCAAGUUCAGGUAAUAACUCUGUUUCUAUGCCUGUUAAAAAACCAAAGAAUCCUUCUCGUGCUCCAAUUGCUACCGGUAUUUCUACUACAAUUCCUGUAACUGGUGAAAAACCAAGACCUGAUCAAAAAGAUGAUCCUUCUUUAGAAGAUGAUGUCUUAUAUGCUAUCUUUGUUAUCUUAUAUGAAAAGGAUCCUGAAGGUAGUGGUAUGACUGUUAAACAAAUUUGUGAUAUUUUAAUUGAACAACAUCCUGAUAUGGCUAAUCUUUCAACUAAAACUUCUAAUUUAGUUAGUGCUAAAUUAAAUGCUUAUGUUAAAAGAGUUGAAAAAGGUGAUACAUCACUUAAAUAUGCUUUAUCAAGAGAUUGGGCUGAUGCAUCACCAAAAAGAAUGGUUUAUGUUUAUCGUGGUAUUCUUGCAGAAGAUUUCCAUAUUCAUGUUAAGAAAUUAAUGGAAAUUCAAAAACAAGAACAAGCUCUUAAAAAUGAAGAAGAAAGUAUGGAUGAUAGUCAAUCUCCAAAAUCUAUUAAUACAACCAAUUCUUCAAUUAAAAAAUCAAAACUUGAUAAACAAUUGAAUCAACAAUUUCCAAAUCAAAAACUUCAUUCAAUUAAUGAUGAAAAUCCUUUAGAAGCUGGUAAACAUGCAACUUUAUCAAAACCAAGAAGACAAACAAUGUAUGAUUUAGGUAUUAGUAAGAAUACAUUUAUGGAUGCAACUUCAAUUGAUAAAUCAAGUCUUUUAUUUGUACCAUAUAAUUCUGCUCCUGUUACUGCUUCACUUACUGAAUCAAGUUUAUCAACUAUUUCAGAAGAUAUUAAAGUUGGAUCUCUUAGUAUUCAAGGAAAUCAUAAUGUUAAUGAAUCUGAUUUUGAUUUUGAAGAUUUUGAAGUUUUCCAUGAUGAUGAUGAUGAAGAAGAUGAAGAUGGACUUUUAACUAAUAAUCCUCAUUUUUCUAAUGAUCUCUAUAUUGAAUCAUUUAAAAAGAAUGGGAAACGUUCUAAAUCUUUAUCUUAUCUUUCAUUAAAUAAGAAAUCCAAGAUUUUAACUGCUGCAGCUGCUGCUCCAAGAGCUCCAAGAACUCCAAGUUCACAUUCUGCUAAUGCUGCUGCCGCCGCUGCCGAUUUACAUGCUGCCGCAUUACGUGCCAUUUCGAAUCCUAGUUAUGAUGAAAAUGAUGAUUCAACUACGUCAACUUCAUCAUCUUCAACUCCUAAGGAUUCUUCAGAAAGUUCCGCUGGUUCAGUUCCUUCUAAUAAGAAAUGGUUGGACGUUAUCAGAUCAGGAUUCUUAUCAUUAGAUAUUGGAGCUCCUGAAGAUAUCAGUUUAUCUGAUUUAGAUAAGUUCUUUAAUUGA